AUGUCCACAAGAAGCCCAGAAAUGGCUACAGCCUUCAAAAUCAUAAGCUCCAAGGAGCCCAGCACCAGCCCAGAAAUGAAGUACACUCUGGGAAAUUCUUGGAAUACUUCAACAGCAACUGUCCCUAUGAAGACCACAGUGGAACCAGUCACACUUCAGUCCACAGCCAUAGAGAGUAGCGGCAUCAGCCUCUCUCACCUGCCCACAGGAUCCAUGACACCAGCCAAGUCACCAACAAAAGGGACAGCAACUACAGAAUGGGUCUCACUCUCCCAAUCUGAGGUUGGGACCAACCCCCAUCUUGGGACUCCAGAAGGGACCAAAAAGUCAUUGGGCACAGUGUCCUCUGUCUCCCGGGAGUCAAAUCCUAAAGGCAACAUAGGGACUGGUCCACAAACAAGCCCAAAUCUGAUUCCAAGGACAACUGGAAUGAAUUUAUCCAUGUGGCUUGGCUCCACUGGAGGGACCACCGUGGACACACAUGUCUCUCUGAACACAUCUUCCACUGGUCCUGAAGACUCUGUGGACAUCCCGGACUCUGUGACAACCCAGAUGGUAACAAUGAGCUCAGUGACAGAUAAAUCUGAAUUUAUAACCAAGACAAGGGUCAACAUCACAGUCAUUCCUUCCACUGUUCUGAGUAAAGAUACAAUGACAGAUGAACAACAGGCAAGUGUAUCUGUGAGUGAGGCUUAUUCAUCUGCUAGCCCAUGGUCAGAGCAGACAACUGGGAGUAACCUGAUUCUUGAUAAAUCCCCUGAGGCCAAAGACACAUUGCAUAAAACCUCCGUAGAACAAACCACAUUAGCAUCUCUGACCUCUGAAAGCCAAGACAUUACCAGCAUCACCAAUGCCUCAGGAGGAAAAAUGAGCUCUUCACCAUCUGUCACAUUCCCAUCCGUGGGGUCUACGACACUGGCAACCAUCACAAGUGUAGUAAAUAGUGAUGUUGCCUCUACUCUUGGGCAACUAUCACAGACCUCAUAUCCUGCAGGAGUGAGCAACAUGGAGGUAACCAUAGCUCCCACUCCACUUGUCACCACCACGAUCACCACUAUGGAAACCAAUUCAGUCCUGACUACCAUGCCCGGCCCAAAAGGAAGUGUGAGCACCAUGGACAGCACCCUGGCUACAGAGACCAGCACAUCUGCCCUACAGCACCCACCCACCUGGUCAUCCACAGCUGCUCCUGCCCCAACAUCAGGCCCCACGACUAUCACAGACAUGGCUUCAAUCUUGGAAGUCACAGGUUCUCCUAAAGCAAUUUCUGCAAUGAGCACAACUUCAUCCAUAGCGUCAAGCACUGAAUCGGGCUCUGUGUCUACCCCCCAUGGCCUUGUGACUGUCAAUGGAACCAGCCUAGCCAUCCCAUCCUCCUUUGCUUCAGCUGAAAAGACAGAGGCCAGCACAAGUGUAAGGACAUUGAGUCCUUUAGACACAACUGCAUCUAUGCCCAUCUCAACUUCUGGUGUCGAGAGGAUGAGCACCUCGGUUCCUGACAUUUUAAGCACAAGUUGGACUCCCAGUAGAAGAGAAACAGAAGGCUUGCAUGUUUCAAUGGCUUCUAUGGACCAUCCAAAGACAAAGACUAUCCCAAAGAUCCUCCCAUCCACUCCUCUGCCUGAUUCUCUGUCCACUCUUGACUGGGCCACUGGGAGUUCUGUGUCAUCACCCAUAACCUCUACCUCAGUUCUUCAGGAGGUUACAACUCCUUCAGAGCUCCCUUUGGAGAAAAUGAUCAGCCCAACUACCUCACAGCUGCCCUCCUCCACAGAGGACAUUACAAGUGAGGUCACACCUGUUACAAUGGUAAAUAGCUCUAAAGUCACUUUAUCAGGGAGGCCAGAUCUUGCCAGCAAAGAAGUAGAGCAGAGUUCUACCCAGCUUCACAUCACAGCUUCUGCAGAUCCAGGGUAUAUGUCUAGACCAGAAACAACAACUCUGGACUUAAUCCCAUAUACAGUAAGAACUCCAUAUCCAACUCCCCGGGUGAAUGGGAUAAGGACUCCUACAACAGAGGCAAGAGCUACAUCUCAUUCCUGGAUGAGGGAAGAAGAAUCAAGCUCAAGCACAUCUCUGAACACUGAGGUGAUAAAUGUCUCUUCUGUCUCAGGAGGGACCAUCAAGGAGGUUACUGACUCCCCAGGCUUAUUAAAGACCACAGAUAUACUGGGCAUAAGCUUGGAAUCUGGGACAACUUCAUCUCCAAAUUGGAAAAAUGGCACAUAUGAGAGAAUAGCCACUUCUGAACCUACCACAGACAAAGAGACAAUUUACCCAUCUACAAACACAGUAGAUACAACAGUAUGGCCCUCAAAUUCUGAACAUGAUCUUCAUUCCACUGUCCCAGCCCACUCAGAGUCAUCCAUGGGCACAUAUCCAAUGAAUACUACCUCCAUCAUGCUGAAUACCAUUGUUUCCACAUCAGCAACUACCUGGCCAGAAUCCACAAGGGCUGGAAGAGAGCUUGAUUACCCCCUGACCACUGAACUGAGGGAGUCCAGUAUUUACAUGGAUACCAACUCAACCGCAGAGAUAAGCAGUGUCCAUUCCCUAAGUUCUUUUGCUAUUACUAGGGUGUCCGGGACAGAAGUCACUACCUCUGACAGAAUUUCCAGCCCAGAUCUAGCUCAGUCCACAAGGUCAUCAGACAUCACCAGGCCCUCUACCUUCCCUGACAUAACAGAUUCUGAAAGAAUGACCAUCACCAUGCAAACAGGUCCUUCUGGGACUACAUUGCUGGGUGCACCUACCAUGGACACAUUAGCCACAGCCUCCUUGUCAGGGACUUACUUGGCUGUGACUCAGGGAUUUCCACAGUCAAAGAUAACCACUCAAACGAGCAAAGGUCCUGAAGGUGUGUCAUGGACAAACCCUCCCUCUCUGGGAGAAACCACCUCUUCCUCUUCCCUAGCACCUAUCCCCGACACAACCUCAUCUUCUCAUGUUUUGUUGACAUCACAAGGGCAAAGUACCUCCUCUACUCUACCUGUGACCUCAGGUCUCUUGCCUGAGAACUUCGGCUUGGGGAAGACCAGAGACAUGUUGAGGACGAGUUUGGAAACUGAUACCAGUUUACCCCCAAAUUUGAGGAGUAGCUCAGAUGAGAUGUUUGUCACCACAGAUAUAGAAGCAAUUCAUCCUUCCACAAACACAGCAAUGACACAUGUAGAGACUACCAGUUGUGAACAUGAAUCACAUUCUCCUGUCCUGGCCCCCACACAGCCACCCAAAGCUAAAUCUUCAGUGGUUACCUCCUCUACCAUGUGGGACACUACUGCCCCCACAUCAAUGUCUGGCUCAUCUGAGACUAUAAAGAUUGAGAGAGAGUCAGUAUCCUCUCUGAAUACUGGACUUAGGGAGACAAGUACCUACCAGGAGACCAGCUCUGCUACAGAGACAAGCACUGUCAUUUCCAAUGUGUCCACAAAUGAUGCUACUACUGAGGUCACCAGGACACAAGUUACCUCCUCCAGCAGGAAAUCUAUCCCAAGCCCUGCUCACUUCAAAACUUCUCCAAACACACCUAUAGAAAGCAGAACCAGCGGCUCUAUAUCCAUGUUCAUGACAGAAUCUUCGGGAAUGACCAUCACCACCCAAACAGGUCCCCCAGGGGUUACAUCACAGGACACACUUACCUUGGACAUAUUGACCAAGGUCUCUGGGGCAGGGACUCAUUCGACUGUGACUCAGAGUUCUACACACUCAGAGAUGACCACUCGCAGCAGUAGAGGUCCCGAGGAUGUGUCUUGGCCAAGCCCUGCCUCUGUGAAAGAAACUGGCUCUCCAACCUCCCCAGUAAUUGUACCUGCCAGGACAACACCCUCCCCUGAGCCAUCCACAUUACCAGGGAGGAGCCCCUCCUCUCCUACACCUGUGACUUCACUGCUCACUCGUGGUCUGGGGAAGACCAAAGACACAUUGGGUACAAGUGUGGAACCUGUGUCCAGUUCACCUUCAAGUGAGAUGAGCACCACCAUUGAGAUACUGUCCACCUCUGAAGCCUCCACAGGUGAGAUGAGCCCCAGGAUUGAGAUACUGUCCAACUCUGAAGCCACCACAGGUACAGAUGCAAUUCAGCCCUCCAAAAACACAGCUGGGACCCACCGGGCCAACACAAUUUCUGGACAUGAAGCACAUUCCUCUGCCCCAGCUGAAUCAGAGCCAUCGAAUGUCACGUCCCCAAUGGUUACUCCUUCCCCCUCUAGGGACACCAGUGUUUCUACAUCAAUGCCUCACUCUUUAGAAACUACAAUGUUUGAGAUACACUCCACAUCCUCUCUGACUCCUCCACUGAGGAAGCCCAGCACCGUCCAGCAGAACAGCACAGCCACAGAGAAAAUCGCUGUCCCUUCCAAAGUACCCACUGAUACGACGACUAUUGAGAACUCUAGGACCGACCCGAUCUCCCCUAGCAGCACGUCCAUCCCUGGCCCUGUUCAGUACACGUGGUCGCCAGACAUUCCUGCAGGCAUCAUCACCGGGCCCUCUGCCUCUCCUGUGCCAACAGAAUCUGCAGAAGUCACCAUGACCACCCAAACAGGUCCCAUUGAGCCGACAUCACAGGACCCACUUACCUUGGGCACUACAGCCAACACCUCAGGGGCGGAGAUUCACUCCACUGUGACUCUGAGUUUUACGCACCCAGAGAGGACCACUCUCAGCAGCAGAGGUCCCGAGGAUGUGUCUUGGCCAAGCCCUGCCUCUGUGAUAGAGACUGGCUCUCCAUCUUCCCCAGUGACUGUACCUGCCAUGACAACACCCUCCCCUGAGCCACCCAAAUUACUAAGGAGAAGCCCCUCCUCUCCUACUUCUGUGACCUCACUUCUCACCCGUGGUCUGCGGAAAACCAGAGACACAUUGGAUACAAGUGUGGAACCUGUGCCCAGUUCACCUUCAACUGAGAUGAGCACCACCACUGAGAUACUGUCCACCUCUGAAGCCUCCACAGUGACUGUACCUACCAGGACAACACCCUCCCCUGAGCCAUCCACAUUACCAGGGAGAACCCCCUCCUCUCCUACUCCUGUGACCUCACUUCUCACCCGUGGUCUGCGGAAAAUCAGAGACACAUUGGGUACAAGUGUGGAACCUGUGUCCAGUUCACCUUCAGAAACUACAGUGUUUGAGCUAGACUCCAUAUCCUCUCUGACUCCUGAACUGAGGAACACAAGCACCGUCCAGCAGAACAGCUCAGCCACAGAGAAAAUCGGCGUCCUUUCCAAAGUACCCACUGAUACGACUACUGAGAUCUCUAGGAGAGAACUGAUCUCCCCUAGCAGCACGUCCAUCGCUGGCCCUGUUCAGUCCACGAUGUCGCCAGACAUCCCUGCAGGCCUGAUCACCAGGCCCUCUGCCUCUCCUGUGACGACAGAAUCUGCAGAAGUGACCAUGACCACCCAAACAGGUCCCAUUGAAGCUACUUCAGAGGACCCACUUACCUUGGGCACUACAGCCAACACCUCAGGGGCGGAGAUUCACUCCACUGUGACUCAGAGUUUUAUGCACCCAGAGAGGACCACUCUCAGCAGCAGAGGUCCCGAAGAUGUGUCUGUGCCAAGCCCUGCCUCUGUGAUACAGACUGGCUCUCCAUCUUCCCCAGUGACUGUACCUACCAGGACAACACCCUCCCCUGAGCCAUCCACAUUACCAGGGAGAACCCCCUCCUCUCCUACUCCUGUGACCUCACUUCUCACCCGUGGUCUGCGGAAAAUCAGAGACACAUUGGGUACAAGUGUGGAACCUGUGUCCAGUUCACCUUCAGGUGAGAUGAGCCCCAGGAUUGAGAUACUGUCCACCUCUGAAGCCUCCACAGGUACAGAUGCAAUUCAGCCCUCCAAAAACACAGCUGGGACCCACUGGGCCAACACAAUUUCUGGACAUGAAGCACAUUCCUCUGCCCCAGCUGAAUCAGAGCCAUCGAAUGUCACGUCCCCAAUGGUUACUCCUUCCCCCUCUAGGGACACCAGUGUUUCUACAUCAAUGCCUCACUCUUUAGAAACUACAAUGUUUGAGAUACACUCCACAUCCUCUCUGACUCCUCCACUGAGGAAGCCCAGCACCGUCCAGCAGAACAGCACAGCCACAGAGAAAAUCGCCGUCCCUUCCAAAGUACCCACUGAUACGACGACUAUUGAGAACUCUAGGACCGACCCGAUCUCCCCUAGCAGCACGUCCUUCCCUGGCCCUGUUCAGUACACGUUGUCGCCAGACAUUCCUGCAGGCAUCAUCACCGGGCCCUCUGCCUCUCCUGUGCCAACAGAAUCUGCAGAAGUCACCAUGACCACCCAAACAGGUCCCAUUGAGCCGACAUCACAGGACCCACUUACCUUGGACACUACAACCAACACCUCAAGGGCAGAGAUCCACUCAACUGUGACUCAGAGUUUUACGCACCCAGAGAUGUCCACUCUCAGCAGCAGAGGUCCCGAGGAUGUGUCUUGGCCAAGCCCUGCCUCUGUGAUAGAGACUGGCUCUCCAUCUUCCCCAGUGACUGUACCUGCCAUGACAACACCCUCCCCUGAGCCACCCAAAUUACUAAGGAGAAGCCCCUCCUCUCCUACUUCUGUGACCUCACUUCUCACCCGUGGUCUGCGGAAAACCAGAGACACAUUGGAUACAAGUGUGGAACCUGUGCCCAGUUCACCUUCAACUGAGAUGAGCACCACCACUGAGAUACUGUCCACCUCUGAAGCCUCCACAGGUACAGAUGCAAUUCAGCCCUCCAAAAACACAGGUGGGAUCAAUGGGGCCAACGAAAGCUCUGGACAUGAAACACAUUCGUCGGCCCCAGCUGACUCGGAGCCAUCCAAUGUCACGUUUCCAAUGCUUAUUCCUUCCAACUCUAGGGACACCCGUGUUAGCACAUCAGUGCCUCACUCUUUAGAAACUACAGUGUUUGAGCUAGACUCCAUAUCCUCUCUGACUCCUGAACUGAGGAACACAAGCACCGUCCAGCAGAACAGCUCAGCCACAGAGAAAAUCGGCGUCCUUUCCAAAGUACCCACUGAUACGACUACUGAGAUCUCUAGGACCGAACCCAACUCCUCUAGCAGCACGUCCAUCGCUGGCCCUGUUCAGUCCACGAUGUCGCCAGACAUCCCUGAAGGCCUGAUCACCAGGCCCUCGGCCUCUCCUGUGACGACAGAAUCUGCAGAAGUGACCAUGACCACCCAAACAGGUCCCAUUGAGGCUACUUCACACGACCCACUUACCUUGGGCGCUACAACUAAUACCACAGGGGCAGAGAUUCACUCGACUGUGACUCAGAGUUUUAUGCACCCAGAGAGGACCACUCUCAGCAGCAGAGGUCCCGAAGAUGUGUCUGUGCCAAGCCCUGCCUCUGUGAUACAGACUGGCUCUCCAUCUUCCCCAGUGACUGUACCUACCAGGACAACACCCUCCCCUGAGCCAUCCACAUUACCAGGGAGAAGCCCCUCCUCUCCUACUCCUGUGACCUCACUUCUCAACCGUGGUCUGCGGAAAACCAGAGACACAUUGGGUACAAGUGUGGAACCUGUGUCCAGUUCACCUUCAAGUGAGAUGAGCACCACCAUUGAGAUACUGUCCACCUCUGAAGCCUCCACAGGUACAGAUGCAAUUCAGCCCUCCAAAAACACAGGUGGGAUCAAUGGGGCCAACGAAAGCUCUGGACAUGAAACACAUUCGUCUGCCGCAGCUGACUCGGAGCCAUCCAAUGUCACGUUUCCAAUGCUUAUUCCUUCCAACUCUAGGGACACCCGUGUCACCACAUCAGUGCCUCACUCUUUAGAAACUACAGUGUUUGAGCUAGACUCCAUAUCCUCUCUGACUCCUGAACUGAGGAACACAAGCACCGUCCAGCAGGACCGCUCAGCCACAGAGAAAAUCGGCGUCCUUUCCAAAGUACCCACUGAUACGACUACUGAGAUCUCUAGGACAGAACUGAUCUCCUCUAGCAGCACGUCCAUCCCUGGCCUUGUUCAGUCCACGAUGUCGCCAGACUUCCCUGCAGGAACCAUCACCUGGCCCUCUGCCUCUUCGGUGAUGACAGAAUCUGCAGAAGUGACCAUGACAACCCAAACUGGUCCCACUGAGGCUACAUCACAGGACCCACUUACCUUGGGCACUACAGCCAACACCUCAGGGGCAGAGAUUCACUCCACUGUGACUCAGAGUUUUACACACCCAGAGAUGACCACUCUCAGCAGCAGAGGUGCCGAGGAUGGGUUUUGGCCAAGCCCUGCCUCUGUGAAAGAAACUGGCUCUCCAUCCUCCCCAGUGACUGCACCUGCCAUGACAACACCCUCUCCUGAGCCAACCACAUUACCAGGGAGGAGCCCCUCCUCUCCUACCCCUGAGACCUCACUUCUCACUCGUGGUCUGGGGAAGACCAAAGACACAUUGGGUACAAGUGUAGAACCUGUGUCCAGUUCACCUUCAAGUGAGAUCAGCACGACCAAGGAGAUACUGUCCACAUCUGAAGCCUCCACAAGUACAGAUGCAAUUCAGCCCUCCAAAAACAAAGCUGGGACCCACAGGGCCAAUAUAAAUUCUGGGCAUGAAGCACAUUCCUCUGCCCCAGCUGAAUCAGAGCCAUCGAAUGUCACGUCCCCAAUGGUUACUCCUUCCACCCGUACGGAGACCAGUGUUUCCACAUCAAUGCCUCACUCUUUAGAAACUACAAUGUUUGAGCUAGACUCCGCAUCCUCUCUGACUCCUGAACUGAGGAACACCAGCACUGUCCAGCAGAACAGCUCAGCCACAGAGAAAAUCGCCGUACUUUCCAAAGUACCCACUGAUAUGACUACUGAGAUCUCUAGGACCGAACCCAACUCCUCUAGCAGCACGUCCAUCGCUGGCCCUGUUCAGUCCACGAUGUCGCCAGACAUCCCUGAAGGCCUGAUCACCAGGCCCUCUGCCUCCCCUGUGCCAACAGAAUCUGCAGAAGUCACCAUGACCACCCAAACAGGUCUCAUUGAGGCUACUUCACAGGACCCACUUACCUUGGACACUACAACCAACACCUCAGGGGCAGAGAUCCACUCGACUGUGACUCAGAGUUUCACGCACACAGAGAUGUCCACUCUCAGCAGCAGAGGUCCCGAGGAUGUGUCUUGGCCAAGCCCUGCCUCUGUGAUAGAGACUGGCUCUCCAUCUUCCCCAGUGAUUGUAUCUGCCAUGACAAAACCUUCCCCUGAGCCAUCCACAUUAGCAGGGAGGAGCCCCUCCUCUCCUACCCCUGAGACCUCACUUCUCACUCGUGGUCUGGGGAAGACCAAAGACACAUUGGUUACAAGUGUGGAACCUGUGUCCAGUUCACCUUCAGGUGAGAUGAGCCCCAGGAUUGAGAUACUGUCCACCUCUGAAGCCUCCACAGGUACAGAUGCAAUUCAGCCCUCCAGAAACACAGCUGGGAUCAAUGGGGCCAACAAAAGCUCUGGACAUGAAACACAUUCGUCUGCCCCAGCUGACUCGGAGCCAUCCAAUGUCACGUUUCCAAUGCUUAUUCCUUCCAACUCUAGGGACACCCGUGUUAGCACAUCAGUGCCUCACUCUUUAGAAACUACAGUGUUUGAGCUAGACUCCAUAUCCUCUCUGACUCCUGAACUGAGGAACACAAGCACCGUCCAGCAGAACAGCUCAGCCACAGAGAAAAUCGGCGUCCUUUCCAAAGUACCCACUGAUACGACUACUGAGAUCUCUAGGAGAGAACUGAUCUCCCCUAGCAGCACGUCCAUCGCUGGCCCUGUUCAGUCCACGAUGUCGCCAGACAUCCCUGCAGGCCUGAUCACCAGGCCCUCUGCCUCUCCUGUGACGACAGAAUCUGCAGAAGUGACCAUGACCACCCAAACAGGUCCCAUUGAGCCGACAUCACAGGACCCACUUACCUUGGACACUACAACCAACACCUCAAGGGCAGAGAUCCACUCAACUGUGACUCAGAGUUUUACGCACCCAGAGAUGUCCACUCUCAGCAGCAGAGGUCCCGAGGAUGUGUCUUGGCCAAGCCCUGCCUCUGUGAUAGAGACUGGCUCUCCAUCUUCCCCAGUGACUGUACCUGCCAUGACAACACCCUCCCCUGAGCCACCCAAAUUACUAAGGAGAAGCCCCUCCUCUCCUACUUCUGUGACCUCACUUCUCACCCGUGGUCUGCGGAAAACCAGAGACACAUUGGAUACAAGUGUGGAACCUGUGCCCAGUUCACCUUCAACUGAGAUGAGCACCACCACUGAGAUACUGUCCACCUCUGAAGCCUCCACAGGUACAGAUGCAAUUCAGCCCUCCAAAAACACAGGUGGGAUCAAUGGGGCCAACGAAAGCUCUGGACAUGAAACACAUUCGUCGGCCCCAGCUGACUCGGAGCCAUCCAAUGUCACGUUUCCAAUGCUUAUUCCUUCCAACUCUAGGGACACCCGUGUUAGCACAUCAGUGCCUCACUCUUUAGAAACUACAGUGUUUGAGCUAGACUCCAUAUCCUCUCUGACUCCUGAACUGAGGAACACAAGCACCGUCCAGCAGAACAGCUCAGCCACAGAGAAAAUCGGCGUCCUUUCCAAAGUACCCACUGAUACGACUACUGAGAUCUCUAGGACCGAACCCAACUCCUCUAGCAGCACGUCCAUCGCUGGCCCUGUUCAGUCCACGAUGUCGCCAGACAUCCCUGAAGGCCUGAUCACCAGGCCCUCGGCCUCUCCUGUGACGACAGAAUCUGCAGAAGUGACCAUGACCACCCAAACAGGUCCCAUUGAGGCUACUUCACACGACCCACUUACCUUGGGCGCUACAACUAAUACCACAGGGGCAGAGAUUCACUCGACUGUGACUCAGAGUUUUAUGCACCCAGAGAGGACCACUCUCAGCAGCAGAGGUCCCGAAGAUGUGUCUGUGCCAAGCCCUGCCUCUGUGAUACAGACUGGCUCUCCAUCUUCCCCAGUGACUGUACCUACCAGGACAACACCCUCCCCUGAGCCAUCCACAUUACCAGGGAGAAGCCCCUCCUCUCCUACUCCUGUGACCUCACUUCUCAACCGUGGUCUGCGGAAAACCAGAGACACAUUGGGUACAAGUGUGGAACCUGUGUCCAGUUCACCUUCAAGUGAGAUGAGCACCACCAUUGAGAUACUGUCCACCUCUGAAGCCUCCACAGGUACAGAUGCAAUUCAGCCCUCCAAAAACACAGGUGGGAUCAAUGGGGCCAACGAAAGCUCUGGACAUGAAACACAUUCGUCUGCCGCAGCUGACUCGGAGCCAUCCAAUGUCACGUUUCCAAUGCUUAUUCCUUCCAACUCUAGGGACACCCGUGUCACCACAUCAGUGCCUCACUCUUUAGAAACUACAGUGUUUGAGCUAGACUCCAUAUCCUCUCUGACUCCUGAACUGAGGAACACAAGCACCGUCCAGCAGGACCGCUCAGCCACAGAGAAAAUCGGCGUCCUUUCCAAAGUACCCACUGAUACGACUACUGAGAUCUCUAGGACAGAACUGAUCUCCUCUAGCAGCACGUCCAUCCCUGGCCUUGUUCAGUCCACGAUGUCGCCAGACUUCCCUGCAGGAACCAUCACCUGGCCCUCUGCCUCUUCGGUGAUGACAGAAUCUGCAGAAGUGACCAUGACAACCCAAACUGGUCCCACUGAGGCUACAUCACAGGACCCACUUACCUUGGGCACUACAGCCAACACCUCAGGGGCAGAGAUUCACUCCACUGUGACUCAGAGUUUUACACACCCAGAGAUGACCACUCUCAGCAGCAGAGGUGCCGAGGAUGGGUUUUGGCCAAGCCCUGCCUCUGUGAAAGAAACUGGCUCUCCAUCCUCCCCAGUGACUGCACCUGCCAUGACAACACCCUCUCCUGAGCCAACCACAUUACCAGGGAGGAGCCCCUCCUCUCCUACCCCUGAGACCUCACUUCUCACUCGUGGUCUGGGGAAGACCAAAGACACAUUGGGUACAAGUGUAGAACCUGUGUCCAGUUCACCUUCAAGUGAGAUCAGCACGACCAAGGAGAUACUGUCCACAUCUGAAGCCUCCACAAGUACAGAUGCAAUUCAGCCCUCCAAAAACAAAGCUGGGACCCACAGGGCCAAUAUAAAUUCUGGGCAUGAAGCACAUUCCUCUGCCCCAGCUGAAUCAGAGCCAUCGAAUGUCACGUCCCCAAUGGUUACUCCUUCCACCCGUACGGAGACCAGUGUUUCCACAUCAAUGCCUCACUCUUUAGAAACUACAAUGUUUGAGCUAGACUCCGCAUCCUCUCUGACUCCUGAACUGAGGAACACCAGCACUGUCCAGCAGAACAGCUCAGCCACAGAGAAAAUCGCCGUACUUUCCAAAGUACCCACUGAUAUGACUACUGAGAUCUCUAGGACCGAACCCAACUCCUCUAGCAGCACGUCCAUCGCUGGCCCUGUUCAGUCCACGAUGUCGCCAGACAUCCCUGAAGGCCUGAUCACCAGGCCCUCUGCCUCCCCUGUGCCAACAGAAUCUGCAGAAGUCACCAUGACCACCCAAACAGGUCUCAUUGAGGCUACUUCACAGGACCCACUUACCUUGGACACUACAACCAACACCUCAGGGGCAGAGAUCCACUCGACUGUGACUCAGAGUUUCACGCACACAGAGAUGUCCACUCUCAGCAGCAGAGGUCCCGAGGAUGUGUCUUGGCCAAGCCCUGCCUCUGUGAUAGAGACUGGCUCUCCAUCUUCCCCAGUGAUUGUAUCUGCCAUGACAAAACCUUCCCCUGAGCCAUCCACAUUAGCAGGGAGGAGCCCCUCCUCUCCUACCCCUGAGACCUCACUUCUCACUCGUGGUCUGGGGAAGACCAAAGACACAUUGGUUACAAGUGUGGAACCUGUGUCCAGUUCACCUUCAGGUGAGAUGAGCCCCAGGAUUGAGAUACUGUCCACCUCUGAAGCCUCCACAGGUACAGAUGCAAUUCAGCCCUCCAGAAACACAGCUGGGAUCAAUGGGGCCAACAAAAGCUCUGGACAUGAAACACAUUCGUCUGCCCCAGCUGACUCGGAGCCAUCCAAUGUCACGUUUCCAAUGCUUAUUCCUUCCAACUCUAGGGACACCCGUGUUAGCACAUCAGUGCCUCACUCUUUAGAAACUACAGUGUUUGAGCUAGACUCCAUAUCCUCUCUGACUCCUGAACUGAGGAACACAAGCACCGUCCAGCAGGACCGCUCAGCCACAGAGAAAAUCGGCGUCCUUUCCAAAGUACCCACUGAUACGACUACUGAGAUCUCUAGGACAGAACUGAUCUCCUCUAGCAGCACGUCCAUCCCUGGCCUUGUUCAGUCCGCGAUGUCGCCAGACUUCCCUGCAGGAACCAUCACCUGGCCCUCUGCUUCUUCGGUGACGACAGAAUCUGCAGAAGUGACCAUGACAACCCAAACUGGUCCCAUUAAGGCUACAUCACAGGACCCACUUACCUUGGGCACUACAGCCAACACCUCAGGGGCGGAGAUUCACUCCACUGUGACUCAGAGUUUUACGCACCCAGAGAUGACCACUCUCAGCAGCAGAGGUCCCGAGGAUGUGUCUUGGCCAAGCCCUGCCUCUGUGAUAGAGACUGGCUCUCCAUCUUCCCCAGUGACUGUACCUACCAGGACAACACCCUCCCCUGAGCCAUCCACAUUACCAGGGAGAAGCCCCUCCUCUCCUACUCCUGUGACCUCACUUCUCAACCGUGGUCUGCGGAAAACCAGAGACACAUUGGGUACAAGUGUGGAACCUGUGUCCAGUUCACCUUCAAGUGAGAUGAGCACCACCAUUGAGAUACUGUCCACCUCUGAAGCCUCCACAAGUACAGAUGCAAUUCAGCCCUCCAAAAACACAGCUGGGACCCACCGGGCCAACACAAUUUCUGGACAUGAAGCACAUUCCUCUGCCCCAGCUGAAUCAGAGCCAUCGAAUGUCACGUCCCCAAUGGUUACUCCUUCCCCCUCUAGGGACACCAGUGUUUCUACAUCAAUGCCUCACUCUUUAGAAACUACAAUGUUUGAGAUACACUCCACAUCCUCUCUGACUCCUCCACUGAGGAAGCCCAGCACCGUCCAGCAGAACAGCACAGCCACAGAGAAAAUCGCCGUCCCUUCCAAAGUACCCACUGAUACGACUAUUGAGAACUCUAGGACCGAACCGAUGUCCCCUAGCAGCACGUCCAUACCUGGCCCUGUUCAGUACACGUGGUCGCCAGACAUUCCUGCAGGCAUCAUCACCGGGCCCUCUGCCUCUCCUGUGCCAACAGAAUCUGCAGAAGUCACCAUGACCACCCAAACAGGUCUCAUUGAGGCUACUUCACAGGACCCACUUACCUUGGACACUACAACCAACACCUCAGGGGCAGAGAUCCACUCGACUGUGACUCAGAGUUUCACGCACACAGAGAUGUCCACUCUCAGCAGCAGAGGUCCCGAGGAUGUGUCUUGGCCAAGCCCUGCCUCUGUGAUAGAGACUGGCUCUCCAUCUUCCCCAGUGAUUGUAUCUGCCAUGACAAAACCUUCCCCUGAGCCAUCCACAUUAGCAGGGAGGAGCCCCUCCUCUCCUACCCCUGAGACCUCACUUCUCACUCGUGGUCUGGGGAAGACCAAAGACACAUUGGUUACAAGUGUGGAACCUGUGUCCAGUUCACCUUCAGGUGAGAUGAGCCCCAGGAUUGAGAUACUGUCCACCUCUGAAGCCUCCACAGGUACAGAUGCAAUUCAGCCCUCCAGAAACACAGCUGGGAUCAAUGGGGCCAACAAAAGCUCUGGACAUGAAACACAUUCGUCUGCCCCAGCUGACUCGGAGCCAUCCAAUGUCACGUUUCCAAUGCUUAUUCCUUCCAACUCUAGGGACACCCGUGUUAGCACAUCAGUGCCUCACUCUUUAGAAACUACAGUGUUUGAGCUAGACUCCAUAUCCUCUCUGACUCCUGAACUGAGGAACACAAGCACCGUCCAGCAGGACCGCUCAGCCACAGAGAAAAUUGGCGUCCUUUCCAAAGUACCCACUGAUACGACUACUGAGAUCUCUAGGACAGAACUGAUCUCCCCUAGCAGCACGUCCAUCCCUGGCCUUGUUCAGUCCACGAUGUCGCCAGACUUCCCUGCAGGAACCAUCACCUGGCCCUCUGCCUCUUCGGUGAUGACAGAAUCUGCAGAAGUGACCAUGACAACCCAAACUGGUCCCACUGAGGCUACAUCACAGGACCCACUUACCUUGGGCACUACAACCAACACCUCAGGGGCGGAGAUUCACUCGACUGUGACUCAGAGUUUUACGCACCCAGAGAUGACCACUCUCAGCAGCAGAGGUGCCGAGGAUGGGUUUUGGCCAAGCCCUGCCUCUGUGAAAGAAACUGGCUCUCCAUCCUCCCCAGGGACUGCACCUGCCAUGACAACACCCUCUCCUGAGCCAACCACAUUACCAGGGAGGAGCCCCUCCUCUCCUACCCCUGAGACCUCACUUCUCACUCGUGGUCUGGGGAAGACCAAAGACACAUUGGGUACAAGUGUGGAACCUGUAUCCAGUUCACCUUCAAGUGAGAUCAGCACGACCAAGGAGAUACUGUCCACCUCUGAAGCCUCCACAGGUACAGAUGCAAUUCAGCCCUCCAAAAACAAAGCUGGGACCCACGGGGCCAAAAUAAAUUCUGGGCAUGAAGCACAUUCCUCUGCCCCAGCUGACUCAGAGCCAUCCAAUGUCACGUCUCCAAUGCUUACUCCUUCCACCCGUACGGAGACCAGUGUUUCCACAUCAAUGCCUCACUCUUUAGAAACUACAAUGUUUGAGCUAGACUCCACAUCCUCUCUGACUCCUGAACUGAGGAACACCAGCACUGUCCAGCAGAACAGCUCAGCCACAGAGAAAAUCGCCGUACUUUCCAAAGUACCCACUGAUAUGACUACUGAGGUCUCUAGGACCGAACCCAACUCCUCUAGCAGCACGUCCAUCGCUGGCCCUGUUCAGUCCACGAUGUCGCCAGACAUCCCUGAAGGCCUGAUCACCAGGCCCUCUGCCUCCCCUGUGCCAACAGAAUCUGCAGAAGUGACCAUGACCACCCAAACAGGUCCCAUUGAGGCUACUUCACAGGACCCACUUACCUUGGGCACUACAAGUAAUACCACAGGGGCAGAGACUCACUCGACUGUGACUCAGAGUUUUAUGCACACAGAGAUGACCACUCUCAGCAGCAGAGGUCCCGAGGAUGUGUCUUGGCCAAGCCCUGCCUCUGUGAAAGAAACUGGCUCUCCAACCUCCCCAGUGACUGUACCUACCAGGACAACACCCUCCCCUGAGCCAUCCACAUUAACAGGGAGGAGCCCCUCCUCUCCUACACCUGUGACCUCACUGCUCACUCGUGGUCUGGGGAAGACCAAAGACACAUUGGGUACAAGUGUGGAACCUGUGUCCAGUUCACCUUCAGGUGAGAUGAGCCCCAGGAUUGAGAUACUGUCCACCUCUGAAGCCUCCACAGGUACAGAUGCAAUUCAGCCCUCCAGAAACACAGCUGGGAUCAAUGGGGCCAACAAAAGCUCUGGACAUGAAACACAUUCGUCUGCCCCAGCUGACUCGGAGCCAUCCAAUGUCACGUUUCCAAUGCUUAUUCCUUCCAACUCUAGGGACACCCGUGUUAGCACAUCAGUGCCUCACUCUUUAGAAACUACAGUGUUUGAGCUAGACUCCAUAUCCUCUCUGACUCCUGAACUGAGGAACACAAGCACCGUCCAGCAGGACCGCUCAGCCACAGAGAAAAUCGGCGUCCUUUCCAAAGUACCCACUGAUACGACUACUGAGAUCUCUAGGACAGAACUGAUCUCCCCUAGCAGCACGUCCAUCCCUGGCCUUGUUCAGUCCACGAUGUCGCCAGACUUCCCUGCAGGAACCAUCACCUGGCCCUCUGCCUCUUCGGUGAUGACAGAAUCUGCAGAAGUGACCAUGACAACCCAAACUGGUCCCACUGAGGCUACAUCACAGGACCCACUUACCUUGGGCACUACAACCAACACCUCAGGGGCGGAGAUUCACUCGACUGUGACUCAGAGUUUUACGCACCCAGAGAUGACCACUCUCAGCAGCAGAGGUGCCGAGGAUGGGUUUUGGCCAAGCCCUGCCUCUGUGAAAGAAACUGGCUCUCCAUCCUCCCCAGGGACUGCACCUGCCAUGACAACACCCUCUCCUGAGCCAACCACAUUACCAGGGAGGAGCCCCUCCUCUCCUACCCCUGAGACCUCACUUCUCACUCGUGGUCUGGGGAAGACCAAAGACACAUUGGGUACAAGUGUGGAACCUGUAUCCAGUUCACCUUCAAGUGAGAUCAGCACGACCAAGGAGAUACUGUCCACCUCUGAAGCCUCCACAGGUACAGAUGCAAUUCAGCCCUCCAAAAACAAAGCUGGGACCCACGGGGCCAAAAUAAAUUCUGGGCAUGAAGCACAUUCCUCUGCCCCAGCUGACUCAGAGCCAUCCAAUGUCACGUCUCCAAUGCUUACUCCUUCCACCCGUACGGAGACCAGUGUUUCCACAUCAAUGCCUCACUCUUUAGAAACUACAAUGUUUGAGCUAGACUCCACAUCCUCUCUGACUCCUGAACUGAGGAACACCAGCACUGUCCAGCAGAACAGCUCAGCCACAGAGAAAAUCGCCGUACUUUCCAAAGUACCCACUGAUAUGACUACUGAGGUCUCUAGGACCGAACCCAACUCCUCUAGCAGCACGUCCAUCGCUGGCCCUGUUCAGUCCACGAUGUCGCCAGACAUCCCUGAAGGCCUGAUCACCAGGCCCUCUGCCUCCCCUGUGCCAACAGAAUCUGCAGAAGUGACCAUGACCACCCAAACAGGUCCCAUUGAGGCUACUUCACAGGACCCACUUACCUUGGGCACUACAAGUAAUACCACAGGGGCAGAGACUCACUCGACUGUGACUCAGAGUUUUAUGCACACAGAGAUGACCACUCUCAGCAGCAGAGGUCCCGAGGAUGUGUCUUGGCCAAGCCCUGCCUCUGUGAAAGAAACUGGCUCUCCAACCUCCCCAGUGACUGUACCUACCAGGACAACACCCUCCCCUGAGCCAUCCACAUUAACAGGGAGGAGCCCCUCCUCUCCUACACCUGUGACCUCACUGCUCACUCGUGGUCUGGGGAAGACCAAAGACACAUUGGGUACAAGUGUGGAACCUGUGUCCAGUUCACCUUCAGGUGAGAUGAGCCCCAGGAUUGAGAUACUGUCCACCUCUGAAGCCUCCACAGGUACAGAUGCAAUUCAGCCCUCCAGAAACACAGCUGGGAUCAAUGGGGCCAACAAAAGCUCUGGACAUGAAACACAUUCGUCUGCCCCAGCUGACUCGGAGCCAUCCAAUGUCACGUUUCCAAUGCUUAUUCCUUCCAACUCUAGGGACACCCGUGUUAGCACAUCAGUGCCUCACUCUUUAGAAACUACAGUGUUUGAGCUAGACUCCAUAUCCUCUCUGACUCCUGAACUGAGGAACACAAGCACCGUCCAGCAGGACCGCUCAGCCACAGAGAAAAUCGGCGUCCUUUCCAAAGUACCCACUGAUACGACUACUGAGAUCUCUAGGACAGAACUGAUCUCCCCUAGCAGCACGUCCAUCCCUGGCCUUGUUCAGUCCACGAUGUCGCCAGACUUCCCUGCAGGAACCAUCACCUGGCCCUCUGCCUCUUCGGUGAUGACAGAAUCUGCAGAAGUGACCAUGACAACCCAAACUGGUCCCACUGAGGCUACAUCACAGGACCCACUUACCUUGGGCACUACAACCAACACCUCAGGGGCGGAGAUUCACUCGACUGUGACUCAGAGUUUUACGCACCCAGAGAUGACCACUCUCAGCAGCAGAGGUGCCGAGGAUGGGUUUUGGCCAAGCCCUGCCUCUGUGAAAGAAACUGGCUCUCCAUCCUCCCCAGGGACUGCACCUGCCAUGACAACACCCUCUCCUGAGCCAACCACAUUACCAGGGAGGAGCCCCUCCUCUCCUACCCCUGAGACCUCACUUCUCACUCGUGGUCUGGGGAAGACCAAAGACACAUUGGGUACAAGUGUGGAACCUGUAUCCAGUUCACCUUCAAGUGAGAUCAGCACGACCAAGGAGAUACUGUCCACCUCUGAAGCCUCCACAGGUACAGAUGCAAUUCAGCCCUCCAAAAACAAAGCUGGGACCCACGGGGCCAAAAUAAAUUCUGGGCAUGAAGCACAUUCCUCUGCCCCAGCUGACUCAGAGCCAUCCAAUGUCACGUCUCCAAUGCUUACUCCUUCCACCCGUACGGAGACCAGUGUUUCCACAUCAAUGCCUCACUCUUUAGAAACUACAAUGUUUGAGCUAGACUCCACAUCCUCUCUGACUCCUGAACUGAGGAACACCAGCACUGUCCAGCAGAACAGCUCAGCCACAGAGAAAAUCGCCGUACUUUCCAAAGUACCCACUGAUAUGACUACUGAGGUCUCUAGGACCGAACCCAACUCCUCUAGCAGCACGUCCAUCGCUGGCCCUGUUCAGUCCACGAUGUCGCCAGACAUCCCUGAAGGCCUGAUCACCAGGCCCUCUGCCUCCCCUGUGCCAACAGAAUCUGCAGAAGUGACCAUGACCACCCAAACAGGUCCCAUUGAGGCUACUUCACAGGACCCACUUACCUUGGGCGCUACAAGUAAUACCACAGGGGCAGAGACUCACUCGACUGUGACUCAGAGUUUUAUGCACACAGAGAUGACCACUCUCAGCAGCAGAGGUCCCGAGGAUGUGUCUUGGCCAAGCCCUGCCUCUGUGAAAGAAACUGGCUCUCCAACCUCCCCAGUGACUGUACCUACCAGGACAACACCCUCCCCUGAGCCAUCCACAUUAACAGGGAGGAGCCCCUCCUCUCCUACACCUGUGACCUCACUGCUCACUCGUGGUCUGGGGAAGACCAAAGACACAUUGGGUACAAGUGUGGAACCUGUGUCCAGUUCACCUUCAGGUGAGAUGAGCCCCAGGAUUGAGAUACUGUCCACCUCUGAAGCCUCCACAGGUACAGAUGCAAUUCAGCCCUCCAGAAACACAGCUGGGAUCAAUGGGGCCAACAAAAGCUCUGGACAUGAAACACAUUCAUCUGCCCCAGCUGACUCGGAGCCAUCCAAUGUCACGUUUCCAAUGCUUAUUCCUUCCAACUCUAGGGACACCCGUGUUAGCACAUCAGUGCCUCACUCUUUAGAAACUACAGUGUUUGAGCUAGACUCCAUAUCGUCUCUGACUCCUGAACUGAGGAACACAAGCACCGUCCAGCAGGACCGCUCAGCCACAGAGAAAAUCGGCGUCCUUUCCAAAGUACCCACUGAUACGACUACUGAGAUCUCUAGGACAGAACUGAUCUCCCCUAGCAGCACGUCCAUCCCUGGCCUUGUUCAGUCCACGAUGUCGCCAGACUUCCCUGCAGGAACCAUCACCUGGCCCUCUGCCUCUUCGGUGAUGACAGAAUCUGCAGAAGUGACCAUGACAACCCAAACUGGUCCCACUGAAGCUACAUCAGAGGACCCACUCACCUUGGGCACUACACCCAACACCUCAGGGGCAGAGAUUCACUCGACUGUGACUCAGAGUUUUACACACCCAGAGAUGACCACUCUCAGCAGCAGAGGUCCCGAGGAUGUGUCUUGGCCAAGCCCUGCCUCUGUGAUAGAAACUGGCUCUCCAUCUUCCACAGUGAUUGUACCUACCAUGAGAACACCCUCCCCUGAGCCAUCCACAUUAUCAGGGAGGAGCCCCUCCUCUCCUACACCUGUGACCUCAGUUCUCACCCGUGGUCUGGGGAAGACCGAAGACAGAUUGGGUACAACCUUGGUAGCAGUGACCACGUUACCUCCAACUUUGAGUAGUCCCACAGUUGAGAUAAUUUCCACCUCUGAAUUCUCCAUAGAUACAGCAAAAAUUCUUCCUCCCCUAUACACAAUAAUGAGUACUGUGGGUUCCAGCAUUUCUGGACACGAACUAAGUUCCUCUGUCCCAUUUUUUCCUGAGUCCUCCAGCACCACAUAUCCUAUGGGUACUGCUUCCUCCGUGUAUGAGACCACUCCUUCCUCAUCAAUGCGUUCCUCCUUUGAGACGAAGACACUUUCCCAUCUGACUCCUAGACUGAAGGAGACAAGAAUAGCCUUGGAUUCCAGCUCAAGCACACUCACAAACACACCUUCAUCGCCUCUGUCCACUCAUGGCUUGAAGGGUCCCAGGACUGAUGCUACGUCUUCUGUGAAAGUAUCAGCACCAGAUCAGCCUCUGUCUACACAGUAUACUGACAUUCCAGUGGAAACAGUCACACGCUUUUACACUUCUCUCUCCAUUACAAGGUCUGCUGGCAUAACUGUCCCAGAAUCCAAUCUUUCUAUGCCUGUAUCAGAAAAUACACGUUACCUAAGCACAGAUAUGCUGUCUUCAGCUGAAACCAUUUUUGCUAAUAACACACUAACACCUUCUUUGUCAGAGGCCAUGGCUUCCUUUGCUACAUCUGGAGUUCCAGGUGCCAUUUCAGUUAGUCCAUUUUCUAGGACAGAAUCAGGCCCUGGGGAUGCUACUAUGCCCACCACUGCAGAGAGUCUACCUUCUUCAGCUUCAAUACCAUUCCCCUCUUUGACCUUCCAUACCACUGAUUCUUCAACCAGCCCACUCCCCCAUUGGAUUACUUCCUCACCAGCUACCCCAAGAAUAGUAGACACCAACCUUGAGGCAGAGAGCCAAAGCACUGCUGCAUUACCCUUGGUUACAGCCAGUACUUUGCAGACUUGGACGCAGCCAGUCAGGACAUCUUUACCACCCAUUACGGAUACCAGAAUGACAGAGAGUGUUGGUUUGGGAACAGUGACAAGUUCUUCUCAAGUUCUUCCACACUCAACCCAGUUGACAAGGACUGACGGCAUUGUGGAGCAUAUCACAAAGAUACCCAAUGAAGCAGCACAUGGAGACACCACCGUCCAUGUCCCCCUGGCAUCCACGACUAUCAACAGGAGGGAAAGAGAGGGCAGAGACAACUGCCAUGGUUCUGAAGACCACUUCCACAGUGACUUUGACUACCAGAGUCUCUACUCCCACUUCAGAGGACCACAGACUACACCCUCACUGGUCCCUAGUUCUGGGGCAGAGACCAGUGCAGCUGUUCCAACUCUGACUGUUUCCUUUGGUGAGCCAGAGACCACAACCUCAUAGGUCACCCAUCCUGCAGAGACUAAAGUCAGUUCAGCUGUUCCAACUCCGACUGUCUCCCCUGAUGUACUGGGGGUGGUGACCUCACUGGUUACUAGUUCUGGGACAGAGACCAGCUCAGUUGAUCAAACUCUGACUGUUUCCCCUGGUCAGCCAAAUGCAACAACCUCAUGGCUCCAUUCCACAGAGACCAGCACACCUGUUUCCAAAACAACUCUGAAUUUUUCCCCUAGUGAAUUAGACACCACAUCUUCAGCAGCCACCAUUCCUGGGGCAGAAGCCAUUUCAGCCACUCCAGUGAUGACUGGCUCACCUAGCAUACCAGCGAUGGUGACCUCACUGAUCAUUAGUUCUGGGACAGACACCAAUAUAAUCUUUUCAACUCUGACUGAGUCCCUGCAUGAAUCAGAGUCAACAGUCUCCUUGGUCACCCAACCUGCAGAAUCCAGCCCAACUCUUCCCAGAACAACCCCCGAUGUUUCCCAUAGCACACCCUCAAUGGCCACCAGCCUUGGGACAGAAGUCAGUUCAGCUGUUCCAACUACAUGUAUCUUCUCUGGUGUACCAGAUAUGGUGACCUCACAGGCCACUAGUUUUGAGAUAGAUGCUAGUACGGCUAUUCCAAGUCUGACACUUCCUCCUGUUGAGCCAGUGACCACAGCCUCACUGGUCACUCAACCUGGGGUGCAGACCAGUCCAGCUGCUCCAACUCCAACUGUCUCCUCUACUGUGCCAGGGCUGGUAACCUCACUGGUCACAAGUUCGGGGGCAGAGACCAGUACAACUUUUCCAAUUCCAACUGAUUCCCCACACAAACCAGAGACAACAGCCUCUCACAUCACCCACUCUGGAACAGAAACAAGUUCAGCUAUUCAAACUAUGACUGUUUCCCAUGGGAAGCCAGAUACAACAGUCUUACUGCUCACCCAUCCUGAAGAGACCAGCCAAAGUAUUCCCAGGACAAUCCCCAAUGUUUCACAUCAUUAAUCAGACACCACAUUCUCAAUGGCCACCAGUCCUAGGGCAAAAGCCAGUUCAGCUGUCCCAGCUACGAUUGUCGCACCUGGUAUGCCAGGGGUGGUGACCUCACUGGUUACCAGGUCUGGGGCAGAGACCACCAGUGUACCAGAUAUCAGGACUUCACAGGUCACUAGCUCUGAGACAGACACCACUAUGGCUAUUGUACCUCUGACUCUUUCUCCUGGUGAACCAGCAACCACAGUCUUAUUGGUCACCCAUUCCAGUGCAGAGAUAAGCACAAGGUUUCCUGCUUUAACUACUAUUUUUCCUCAUUUACCAGAGAUCACAGCCGCACCAUCCAUCCCACCUGGGUUAGAGACUAGUACAGCUCUUCCAAAUCAGACUGUUUCUCUCAGUCCACCAGAAACAUCCUCUCUCUUCACCACAACUGUAACCAAGACAGCCAGAGUUAAUCUAACUCCAACAGCUUCAUUUGGUGUUCCUGCAGAAACAGCCUCACUCUCCACCCAUCCUGGGACAGACAUCAGCGCAACUACCUCAACUUUAGCUCUUUCCCAUGGUUUACCAGAGACCACAGGCUUACUGGCCACCAGGCCUGCAACAGAGGCCAAUACAAGUACCCUAGCUCUGACUGUUUCCCCUGGCGUUCUUGGGCCUUCCAGGACCCCUGCAACAAAUGUUGGGUUUUAUCCUGUACCUUCCUGGAGCACAGAAACCUCACCACCUACAACCUCAGUUGGACUCCCAGAAUUUCCCAAGACCGUGACAGGUGAUACCGUGACCUUGAUAGCAUCAGAGACCCCAACACCACCUAAAACCAGUCAUGGAGAAGGAUUAAGUACAACCACUGUCCUGAAAACCACCACUGCUGAGACCACUCAUUUAGCUGCCACAGGUUCAGGUCCCACUGUGGCCGAGACCACAAUCACCUUCAAUACACUGUCUGGAAGUCCUUUUGCCCCUGUGACCACACCUGGAACCUCUACCUUGGCCUCUGUGAGUGUGACUUCAGGAACAAGUAAGAAUAACUUUAUUGUGGACUGGCCUCAUUUUACUCUCCCCACCACUGCAGCUGCAAUUCCUUUCUUGAUGCCUUUUACUGUCAACUUCACCAUCACCAACCUGCACUACACGGAGGACAUGGGAAACUCGGACUCUGAAAUAUUCAAUGCCACUGAGAGAGACCUGCAGCACCUGCUCAGUCCUCUGUUCAAAAAGAGCAGCGUUGGUUCCCUGUAUACCAGCUGUAGACUGACCUUGCUCAGGGCUGACAAGGAUGGAACAAGCACCAGAAUGGAUGCGGUCUGCACCUACCGCCCAGAUCCCACAGGCUUCAGGCUGGACAGAGGACGGCUGUAUUGGGAACUAAGCCAACAGACCCAUGGUAUCACUCAGUUGGGCCCCUACACCCUGGACAGGAACAGUCUCUACGUCAAUGGUUAUAACCAUCAGUACUGGAUCCCCACCACCAGCACUCCGGUGACCUCUACAUUCUCUCCAGGACCUCCAACAUCUCUGACCUCCACCCCCAGCUCCACAGGUUAUAAUGAACAUGGUCCAGAUGAGCCUCUUACAACUCCUGAACCAGCUACCACAUUCCUGCCUACUUCAUCAUCAUCUGUACAACCAGAAUCCACCACAGGCUAUGUACCCCAGAGUUCAUCUAUCCAGAGCGAGUACCAGCUAAAUUUCCACAUCAUCAACUGGAACCUCAGCAACCCAGACCCCAUGUCCUUAGAGUACACUGCCCUGCUGAAGGACAUCCAGGACAAGGUCACAAAACUGUACAGAGGCAGCCAGCUACAAGACAUAUUCCACUCCUGCCUGGUCACCAACCUGAUGCUGGAUCCCAUGUCGGUCAGCAUCAAGGUACUGUUCUCCUCCAAACUGGACUCCAGCGUGAUGAAGCAAGUGUUUCUAGACAAGACCCUUAAUGCCUCAUCCCACUGGCUGGGUGCCACCUACCAGUUGACAGAUGUGCAUGUGACAGAAGUGGAGCCAUCAAUUCAUAUACCAACAGACCAACCAACAAUCAGUCCCAGCUUCCAGAACUUCCAGCUGAAUUUCACUGUCACCAACUUAAUCUAUUCCCAGGACAUAGCCCCAGGCACCCCCAAACACCAGCGGAACAAGAGAAAUAUUAAGGAUGCGCUCAACCAGCUCUUCCGAAACAGCAGCAUAAAGAGUUAUUUUUCUGACUGUCAAGUUUCAGCAUUCAGGUCUGAGCCCCGCAGCAACCACACUGGGGUAGAUGCUCAGUGUAACUUCUCACCAUUGGCUCAGAGACUGGACAGAGUUGCCAUCUAUGAGGAAUUUCUGCAGCUGACCAAGAACGGUACCCAGCUGCAGAAUUUUAUCCUGGACAGGAAUAGUGUCCUUGUGGAUGGGUAUUCUCCCAAUAGAAAUGCUGUCUUGACUGAGAAUUCGGACCUCCCCUUCUGGGCCAUCAUCCUCAUCUGCCUGGCAGGACUCCUGGUGCUCAUCACGUGCCUGAUGUGCUGUUUCCUGGUCACUGUCUCCAGGCAGAAGGAGGAGGAAGACUGUGAGGCUCAGCAACAACGCCUGGGCUAUUAUUACCUGGGACCUGAGGAAGCUGCAGUGACAUCUGCUUGA